AUGGCGAGAUUGAAGGCGCAAGUUGUUACCGCGAGUGAGUCUCCGGAGAUUUUGCAUGCUGCCCCGGCAGUGAACCCGAACCAGGUCAUGGAGAACUCUUCGCCAUCAAUCUCUUCCGCCACCUCACACACCUGUCCUCAUUGCAAUUCUGCAUUCUCCGACAUGGCAUUGCAGGAUUUCAACCAUCACGUGGCUUCGUGCCGCCCGGAGAUGGUGUCUGACAGUUCGCUGUCGCCACCAACUGAACCCAAUUCGCCAACAGUCGUCUACAGGUAUUUGAAAAGUCUCAAUGCAGGCACGUCCGGUCAGAAUAAAUUCGGUGUCAUUAAUGGCAUCUCUGUCACGGGUGCCAAUGCUACGGGCGCACUGGAGAACGACGAAGAAGUCGACGACGGUAAUGAUAGACUCAUUCGCCCAUAUGUCGAUCCGAAGGCGGCAUUUGAUUACUACGACAGGCUCGGCGAACGGGAAGCAUCCGUUGCAACCGCGAAAAAUUCCCAAGAACCUGAAGACCCAAAAAAUGGCAUCAAUGGUAAUCGCGCGUCAUCCAGUGAGGAAAAGUCGGAAGCCCCCAAUCGCUUUCCUUUUCCAAAAUUCACACCCAUCGAGGAUUUUGAACAGUUCCUUGCUGCUCCUGAGGAUAUGCCCUAUGAAGUUCUCUAUCUUCGCACAGACGGUGUCGCCAGCGUCAUGGCUGACUAUCAAAAAGAAUGGGAUGUUAUUGGCAAGGAGAUUUACGCCCACGAGUCAUAUGUCAAGGCUCAGGCCAAGGACUUAGCUGAGCAAGCAAAAGAACUUGAAGAGGAGAAGGCGAAAGUUGAAGAUCAGAAAUACCUCCAAAUCGCCGAGGAUUUCAAGGCGCAGUUACGACUCAGCAGGAGCGACUGGGAUAAGUUUUUGGAGGCAUUCGAAAAAGACCAUCCAAAAGAAACCGAUCUACUUGAGCGCCUCCGCAGCUUGCGACUUCCAAAUUUCCUGGCUGGAGUUAAUAAGAGGCAAAAGGCGCGAGAGCCUGAGCCCAUUAAAUUGGCGGACAGACCUUUAACUGCGGAGAGAGUUACGAAGGAGGAACUGAAUAUGGAUAAGCGAAAGAGGGGAAGAUUGAUUGAUCCGAUCACUUUCGAUGAUAUGAAGCACGCGGAUGCAUACGGCUUCAAUUAUUCUUCACAGCCUCACCAUGUCGGCAACCAGCCCCAGCCUACCUUUAAAGGGGAUGUCAAAACUAGAGGCGAAGCAGAGGAUGAAGGACGCAGUCGAAGUCGGAGAAACAAGGCACAGAAGAAUUAUGAUGCAGACAAAAGCGUCACUCCGGAAACCGAAUCGGAUGAGCUCCCCCCCAAGCGCAUACGAAAACCAAGAAUCAAUCCCGAUGUCCCGGUCGAAGUUCAACCACGCCCAAAAACCGCCCCUCCAAGCCGCAGUGCCACUCCAGCUGUCAGGACCUUCCCAUCCGGCAAGCGUAUUGGACGACCGCCUACAAAAUCCAAGCUCAAAGAUGUACAAGUCCCCCCACCAGCCGCAGCCGCAGCUCCUAUUGUGGAGAGUGAGGCAGCACCCCGAAAGCUUGCUCCUAAGCAAGAAGUACAGCUUCAGCAUGCUGCAAAAUCACUCGUCAAGAAGACCCAUCCAGCUGCUACUCAGUCUACUGAUGUCGAUACCACCCAAACUACAUCAGUAGAAAGCUCCCGCCCAACCACGUCGUCAUCGACCGAGUCUAAAAAGCGGAAGAGAGGAGCCGAUAAGCCGGAGCCAGACACAGUAAUUGUUGAUGCUCCUCGUAACGAACCGGGCCCUUUCCGUCCUCCUCCAGCUCCAGUUGCGCCUGCACCAGCCACAACCGCAGCGGGCCGCAAGCGGAAGGCCAAGGAAGAAGAGGUUGACGAAUCGACUCUAGACCCUGAGGCGCUUGAAAAGCUUCGGAAGAGAAAGAUUAAGUCGGCUAAACUCUCCGAAAGUUUGCGCAAGAGAUGGCAAAGUGGAGAUAUGGCCGGUGCCAUGGAAACCAGAAAAGCUACCAACGCAGCGAAGAAGGCGGCCAAGGAGGCUGCCGCUGUUGGAACAGCCAGUGGUUCAGUCCCGCCGGCAGCUCCCGCAAUCGCCCCAACCCCGCCCGCCCCCAAGGCAAUACAGCCCCAGCCAGCUGCACUUGCUAUGGUUGCAACAGAAACCCCGGCUCCGAAGCGCAAGCAAUCUAACUCAAAGCCAGCGACCUCAGCAAAGGCCACAGGUUCAGGAAAGGGAAUUAAGCGUGCACCAGCACCCACAUUACCUCCAGUCAGAAAACCAAGCACCCGAGCCCGCAGACCAACCCGCAAUGCAAUGGGCAUGGACGGCGCUGAUGACUAUGACGAUGAUGAUGAUGAAGAAGAGGACGAAGAACUCCAGCAGCAGUUCAAGAGCGAGUAUGACCACUAUCAGGCUCUGACUUCUCCUGGCAGCCCAAUUCUUCUAGGAAAGCGUGCUAGAAAGACGAAGAUGGAUCUUCAGGCGGAAUUGUUUGAUGAUGCCGACGAGAUGGAUGAAUCCUACUGA